AUGUCCUCCCUUCUUGUUCUUCAACCCGUCAAUGUCUUCGUCUUCUUCAACCCCAAAACCCUCACCAGCUUCCCCAAACCCUUCAAUUUCCUCAGGUCAGUUACAAUGUCAGACCAACCCAGUUCCCAAAAUGCCCUCCAAAUCUCACAAAAUUACCCGGUGCCACUCUCCCCGCCUCUUCCGUUGAUCUCAAAGAACAUGGAACUGGCGAGAGCCAUGUCGGCCUCUUCCAAAUCAAGCCUCUUUACUCUAUCGAGAAACGACGUCGUUUACGAGGAUCAGUGGCUUAUUGUAGUGAACAAGCCUCAGGGGAUUUACUGUGAGACUGUGCUGGAAUCGGUUCCUAAGCUCCUUGCCGAGUCAGGGUUGGAAGGGAAGGCACCGGAGAUCCAUCUUGCAAAUAGACUGGAUAGGGACACUAGUGGAGUAAUGAUCAUAACCAAGUCGCAUAAAGUAGCUGCCAAACUUGUUAAGGCGUUUACUGAUCAUAAAGUUUCGAAAACAUACAUUGCAUGCUGCAUUGGUUCAGCUCCGAAAUGGGAAAGAAUCACUGUUAAAUCAGGUCAUGGUCGGUCAAAGUUUGGGGCAUGGAGGGUAUAUGCUGCUUCAGAUGUAGGGAGGCCACUUCCAGGUGGAUCGGUAGUCAGAGACAUGGAGACAUCGUUUGAAAUUUUAUCGAUAAAUGGACAAGGGUGCUUCAGAGAGCCAUCUGAGUUUAGAAUAGAUGAUGAUAAGAUCUUAGUGGUUGAAGAAAAAGCGGUAAUAAUAGAUGGAGAUGCAAAGAAGGAUGAGAUUCUGGUAAUAGCACGUCCUCGGAGUGGAAGGACACACCAAAUCCGGUUGCAUUGCCAGUAUCUUGGAAUUUCGAUAAGAGGGGAUGUCAAGUAUGAGGGUGUCUACGAGUGGAAAGGAACAACAUAUGGAGGUCAUGAACUUCAUGCAGAAAGCAUGUCUUUGGACCACCCUAUUACUGGUCUUCCUAUAUUGUUUCGAGCACCCCUACCAUCUUGGGCCAACCAGUUGAUUCAAUUUGAAGGGAGCUAAAACUUUCAGACAUCUCCCCCUGUUUGCAACCGUUCCCCUAUUCGCUUCAUUACAGUUAUUUUCCGAGCGAAGUUUUGACCUCUAGUUGCAGCAGCAGCCUCCUCCUCCUCAUUGCUUGAGCUCCUUAUAAUCAGCUUUGAUUGAUCAUACAGGCAGAAUGGUUUGGAAUUCAAAUGUCAUGACUAACUUGUAAGUAAUGAGUUACUAGGAAAUUCUGAUAUAUACCAUUUUCUUCUCAAUUUCGGUGCAUGUAACUAGAAAUUGCGCUUGCUAGCUUAUGUUGAUGUUGUCAAACUUCUGUUCCCUUAGAUUUAUGUAUAAGUUCAUCUCAUAGUUGCUAAGAUUUGAAGAAAUAGGCAGUGAUGUGUCCUUAACAUCAGUAUGUAUGCAAC